AUGGGCGUGCAAGCCAUCUCAUGCAUGGGCGUGCAAGCCAUCCCAUGCAUGGGCGUGCAAGCCAUCCCAUGCAUGGGCGUGCAAGCCAUCCCAUGCAUGGGCGUGCAAGCCAUCUCAUGCAUGGGCGUGCAAGCCAUCCCAUGCAUGGGCGUGCAAGCCAUCCCAUGCAUGGGCGUGCAAGCCAUCUCAUGCAUGGGCGUGCAAGCCAUCCCAUGCAUGGGCGUGCAAGCCAUCACAUGCAUGGGCGUGCAAGCCAUCCCAUGCAUGGGCGUGCAAGCCAUCCCAUGCAUGGGCGUGCAAGCCAUCCCAUGCAUGGGCGUGCAAGCCAUCCCAAGCAUGGGCGUGCAAGCCAUCCCAUGCAUGGGCGUGCAAGCCAUCCCAUGCAUGCGCGUGCAGGCCAUCCCAUGCAUGGGCGUGCAAGCCAUCCCAUGCAUGGGCGUGCAAGCCAUCCCAUGCAUGGGCGUGCAAGCCAUCCCAUGCCUGCAGGAGCAUAUGCCUGGACCUGCAAGGCCCACAUGGGCGAUUAACAAGACCAGUGCAUGCUCCUUUGCUGGCCUGAACAGCAGCAAGCGGGGCAUGCCUGUGGCUGCAUGCUGUGCUGUGUGGCUGAGGCAUGAGUCUGUAGGCUCCUGCACAGCACCGGUGAGUCAUGUGGCUGCCGUCUCUCUGGAUCUCUUGAUUGCCACUGUCAUUGCCGCUCCACUUCCAGUCACCUCCUCCCUUGCCACUCCCGUUGCCACCACUUUCUUGCCUCCUCUCUUUGCCCUUUUGAAAACUCUCAAGGGCUCUUCUUGCAACCUGGUGUGUGCGACGGCCACAAAAGACCAUCCCAACCUCGUGAAGCUGCUGGGCUUCGCCAUUGGGAUCACGGACAAGACAAGGGUCGAGCAAAUCCUCAUCUACGAGCUCAUGCCCAACGGGGACCUCUCGAACUGGAUUGGAGAAGGUGUGCAUUGGAUUGGGAAAGCAGUGCAGUUUAACAGUGCAUGGACGUGCUCUGCAAGUAUGCCCCCACACCCAGUGGGUCGUCCAGAGGCAGUGUCCCCGCUGAGCUUUGAGCGGCGGGUCCAGCAGCAGCUGGCUCAAUCCGGCAGUAGGGCGGUCGUGGCAUGGCUGAAGCAAACGCGCAUGGAGGCGCGGGAUGACUUGGUGUUGACGGUGUUGCAGCUGGCACUACGUUGCACGUCUAAGCAGAGCGCCACGCGGCCGGCCAUGGGGGUGAUUGCAGCCGAGCUGGAGGCCGUGCUGGUGGCGCUGGGCGGUGCACACAGAAAUGCCGGUGCCCGCCAGGUGGAUCUAGAGGUGGAGUCGCAGAAAAUGUCUGCUACGUGUUUGGAUACGGAGAUUGCUCGUCUAAAUGACAUGUUGUGA